UGGCAUGUUAAUACCUCUGGGCCAGCGCUUCUGCCUGCCAUUCUGCACUCUGCCUCCAGCUUCUGAGCAACCAUGGACAGGAUUUUCUCUGGCUUCUUGCUCUCUGUGCUACUUCUCUUCCAGAACCACGGAGUUUAUGGGGCUCCACCUCAGCCAAGAGGCACCCUGUGUAGGACAAGACCCACAGACCUGGUGUUCAUCAUAGACAGCUCUCGAAGUGUGCGCCCAAAUGAAUUUGAGAAGGUCAAAGUCUUCAUGUCCCAAGUAAUUGAGGCCCUGGAUGUUGGUCUCAAUGCCACUCGGGUGGGUGUAAUCAAUUAUGCCAGUGCGGUCAAGAGCGAGUUUUCCCUCAAGACCUACCAGACCAAAGCCAGCCUGUUGCAAGCAGUCCGCAAGAUCGAGCCUCUCUCCACAGGAACCAUGACUGGUUUGGCUAUCCAGUAUGCCAUAAAUAGGGCAUUUAGUGACUCAGAAGGGGCCAGAGUGCGGUCUCCUGGUAUUAAUAAGGUGGCAAUUGUUGUGACUGAUGGACGCCCCCAAGAUGGUGUAAAGGAUGUGUCGACUAGAGCAAAAGCUGCGGGCAUUGAAAUCUUUGCCAUCGGGGUGGGCCGAGUGGACAAGAAUAUCCUUCGGCAAAUUGCUAGCGAGCCUCUGGAUGAUCACGUUGACUACGUGGAGAGCUACAGCGUCAUUGAGAAGCUGACCCAAAAGUUUCAAGAGGCCUUCUGCGUGGUGUCAGAUCUGUGUGCCACGGGAGACCACGACUGUGAGCAGAUCUGUGUCAGCACACCCGGGUCCUACAAGUGUGCUUGUAAAGAAGGCUUCACCCUGAACAGCGAUGGGAAAACCUGCAGUGCAUGCAGUGGGGGUGGAGGAGCUGCCCUUGAUCUUGUUUUCCUGAUUGAUGGCUCGAAGAGUGUACGACCUGAAAACUUUGAGCUGGUGAAGAAGUUCAUCAACCAGAUUGUGGACUCAUUGGAAGUGUCAGAUACACUUGCCCAUGUUGGCCUGGUUCAAUACUCUAGUUCGGUCAGGCAGGAGUUCCCUCUGGGGCGAUACAACAACAAGAAGGACAUCAAGACAGCAGUGAAAAGGAUGGCCUACAUGGAGAAAGGAACCAUGACAGGCCAAGCUCUGAAAUACCUUGUUGACAAUUCCUUUGCUGUCUCUAAUGGAGCAAGGCCUGGUGUCCCCAAGGUGGGCAUUGUUUUCACUGAUGGGCGAUCACAAGAUUACAUCACUGAUGCUUCCAAGAAAGCGAAGGAGCUAGGAUUUAGGAUGUUCGCUGUGGGAGUGGGCAAUGCUGUGGAAGACGAAUUAAGGGAAAUCGCUUCAGAGCCUGUGGCAGAGCACUACUUCUACACUGCUGAUUUCAAAGCCAUCAACAAGAUUGGGAAGAAACUGCAAAAGAAAAUCUGUGUUGAGGAAGACCCAUGUGAAUGUAAAGCCAUUGUGAAGUUCCAGACAAAAGUAGAAGAUCUCAUAAAGUCAUUGCAACGGAAAUUGGAAGCUGUGACAAAAAGGAUCGCAGCCCUGGAAAACAAGAUUGUCUAAGAACCCAAAGCACUAUUAUUUUUCUUCUUCUCCUUCCUAACACAAUGUAAUGGUACCAGGAAACCUUCAUUUAUAUGGAGGAACAGCUCAGUUGCAGUGCUACAUCCAGCUUUCUAUAUUAAAAAAAAAAAAAAAAAAAAAAAGUCUAGCUGCAUUCUUCUAAAAAGGAAAGAUUAUAAUGGUAGAGCAGACAUCAUAUUACCGGGCAAAGCACUGAGAGUCACUGUAUGCAAAACAUGUUUAUCUCCUUGCAUCCUAUAGUGUGCAUAUAUAAAAACCUGGAAAGAUUUUUUUUUAAUCUAAAGCUUAAUAUAUAUAUAUAUAUAUAUAUAUUUGUUAAUAUGUACUUGAUUUUAUGAGUUCUGUGAAUCCUCACUGUGUUCUUCUGCAAGUUUUGUUUCUCUGCUUUUGAUAAUUUAGUUUAAGAAUUAGACAGGAUUGAAACAGAUCAGAUCCCGAGUAUAAACAACAUAAAACAGAUGAUCUAAAUAUCUUGGCAAACAUAAAAUACAUAUAUUGUUAAGCAGGUGAAACAAAGAAGUGGUCGCUGAGUGUGGCAUUGGAGAUGUGCUAGAAUAGGACAUUUCAGGCCAUUUCAUACAGCUACUCCACAGCAGCAGAAGAAACUCAGUUCUUCUGGCCAGCCAAUAGCCUCACAAUGUUUCAGCUAGCCAGCACUUGUCCUAUGUUUAAUAUCCAUGGCAAAACCCUGAUAUGCACAAUGAGAUCCUGCCCCUACAUGGCUUCACACAAGGCAAUGCUAGCAGCACUGACUUGUACCUGCUGCUACCUGACUAUUCAGCUCUAUAGUUCACUCCAUUAUUGUUCUCAAAACUAUACUUUGAAAGGAAACCUUAUCACAAGCUCAGAUAAACCCAAAGUGCAGAAAGCUUCUUUCAGGGACAUUGUCAACAAAUUUAGUGGCAUCAUUGUUGUGGUGCCUUCUCUGCACAGAGCUCACUGGCUUUCUCCUCAGCUGGAGGCACUGCUUAAACUGAUCAGCUCAUCUCAUCAUGCCAGUCUUUAGACCCAUCACUCUUACCCUCCCUGGUCAUGAAAAUCCAAUCGAUACAAAGCAGCAGCAUGGUUGAGAGACAUGUAAUACUGCUUGCCACCAAGAGCCCUAGUCUCCAUGCAAGAUGGUGCUAAGCAGCCAGUCAUAAAGAUGCAUGCUGUGUUAUGCGUGUCACCACUGUGCCCCUCCAAAUGUGAGCAUGAGUGGUUGGGUUUGGAUAUUUUUUUUUUUUUGUAUCAGAAUAUUUAUACUUGAGUGUAUGUAAAAGCCUGUUCAGAAUAACUUGGCCUAUUCAAAAAUGUCAGCAUAGAAGAUGUUUUUGGAUGGAGGAAAAACAUUAAAAGUUCUCUGAAAACUUUGAAAAA